AUUUUAACUGAGCGGCACGCAUGGACUUACUAGACGGACACUAGAGGCUCUGGAAAGCAUUUAAAAGUGGAAAAAUGGUGGACUCUUUCUGUGCUACGUGGAAACUGGUCGACAGCCAGAACUUUGAUGACUACAUGAAGGCACUGGGUGUUGGUUUUGCCACAAGACAAGUGGGCAAUGUGACCAAACCCACAGUGGUGAUCAGCAAGGAUGGAGACAAAGUUGUGGUGAAAACUCUGAGCACUUUCCGGAACACUGAGCUCUCCGCUAAACUUGGAGAGGAGUUUGAUGAGACCACACCUGAUGACCGACAUGUCAAAUCCAUCUUCACUAUGGAGGGUGAUAAAUUUGUCCACGUGCAGAAGUGGGACGGCAAGGAGACCAGAUUUGUCCGUGAGAUAAAGGAUGAUGGGAAGAUGGUGAUGACUUUGACCUUCCAGGACGUCCAGGCUGUUCGCACAUAUGAAAAGUCGUAAUUAUAGCAUGAUUUUUUUUUUAAUUCUGUAAUUUGCACAAAUUGUCGCGGCAAUUUGGGUGUCUCUUGUAGAAAUGCGUGAAAUAAAGUGGAAUUAUCAUCUUG